AAUAUCAGCCAGUUUGCCACUGGAGACAGUCUGAGCUGGUGCUGCUCAUAGUAUGUAUUUAAAUCAGUAGGAAACAGGUUCUUUCUUGAUGAAAAGCCCCAAAGCUGCUGSAUUAAAAGGAUGAACAUUUUGCAGAACAUUCGGUAGCUUUUUCUUUUAUUUUACAUUAGGACACAAGAGUGAAGAAGAUGAUGAUCCCCACCUCUUGUAGAAAAGCUCUGCAGGUGUGUCUGCUCCUACUUUCAGUGGGACACCUACACUGCAGAGUAACAGCGCCAGCGGUUCUGAAAGCUCCAGCAGACAAGCCUUUCACCCUGACCUGCACCGUCUCGAGAGACCGAGGUGAAUCUGUGAGGCAGGUGCGCUGGCUGGAUGUCCAGAAUCAGACCCUGCUGAGCUACCAGCCGGGCAACAAGGACAGYGUGAGUGGACAGCAACACGUGGAGCUUUCCUCUUCCUCCUCGAAGGACACCUCAKCCAUCACCAUCCGCAGGGUGGGCUUCAGGGAUGAAGGCUGCUACACCUGCAUAUUUGAUCUGCUUCCUUCUGGUUCAAAGCAGGGGCAGACGUGUCUCACUGUUGAUGCCCAAGUCGCCUCUGAGCGAAACAAAACAGCAGUGAGCGGAAAGAGGGCCUCCCUGUCCUGCUCCUACGGUCUGCCUGAGAAGGUGAAGCAGAUUAUUUGGUUUCACAGUCCCCCUCGAGGCCAGCCUACAGAGGURGCCUCGUACGCCAAGAGGAGUGACCCCAUGAUCGAGCCCGUGUACCAGGGGAGGGUCUGGCUCAGCGCCUCCCUGUCGGACAGUCAGCUAACCAUCCAGCCUGUUGCCGUUCAGGACGAGGGCUGCUACACCUGCCAGUACGAAACCCACUCUGAUGAGACAAAGAGCUCCGUGGUUUGCCUCUCCACCUAUGUUCUGCCAAAGCCUCAGGUGAGCUACAGGACCAUCUCUCCGGGCGUGAUCGAGGCUAACUGCACCUCGGUGUCUCGCCCCCCGGCUGAGAUCGUGUGGAACGUGGAGACGGACAACCGCACCAUGGGUGGUCCUGUGACAACACAUGUUCCCCAGGUGGACGGGACCACUCUUGUCAUCAGUACGCUCACUGUCCGAUCAGGACUGCUAAAAGACGUCUCUGUCAAAUGCUUGGUGCACCACAAGGGCCUCGAGUCAGCCAUUGCWGUAUCGAUGAACACUAAAAUUGGCACAGCUCUCACCAUCCUGAUCUCAGUCACCACUGUAGCGGCGCUGCUGGUCAUGUCUCUCUGCUUCUGCCUCUGGAAGUGUUUUUUGCGUAAAGAAGAAAAUUAACCUAAACUUGGAUCCAGAAACUGAGAAGAAACGAGACUGCUGCAUCAUCAUCAUCAUCGUUUGCAGUUUGUGGUUGCAGAAGGAAGAGUUUCAUCAACACCUUCAGAGGAAGAUGUCCAGUACAAUCCUGUUUACAAGCACCAACUGGGCGACAUUCAAACUCUGCUCUGCUGUUUCCAAGCUGACUUUGAUAUAUUCUCCACCUUGUCCUCACAUGAGAAGCAGUUUAGCAGAAUUUUUCCCCCUCUGGCUCUGCAGGUUAUUAAAUUGAUAGCUACGCAUUCCACUGCCAACAUCAGAAUCUCUGUAUGGAUCCGUAAAGAGCAGGGACUUCUGCAGCCUAUUGCAUCUGCUCAAAAUAUUUCAGUUGUCUCUGUCUUUAUAUGGUCCUGAAAGAAUGUUUUAUAGUAGUUUUAUUGUCUUAAGUUCAGUAAAAAAGAAUGGAAAACAAUGCUUCGAUAUUUGGUGAAGUGAAGUGAAAAUUUAACAAAAAUAAAAACUGUAAGAAACUGUGGCUGUGGUGUAGUUGUAGGGCAGUUGACUUAGAAUCAGAAAGUCACAGGUUUAAUUCCCAGCAAUGCCUGCAUGGUGUGGUGCCUUUGAGCAAGACACCUAACCCCCAACUGCUCCCUAGGCACUUACAAAGCUACCGGCUCCACUUGGGUGUUUCUCGUGUGUGAUGGGUCAAAUGCAGAGCACAGAUUUCAUCAUUGUAUGGGAACAUGCAUUGAUUACUUAUAAAGCACAUUUUCUGAGAAGAUUUUACUUAAACUGCCCUUUUAUUUGGCACAAUGAGUUGACAAUUAAGAUUUUUCUUCAAAGAACUGAGUGCUGGGUCAGUAGGUAAACUACAAAAGCUGCAUCCUUAUGUAGUUUUUUGUGCAUUUUUUUGCAAACUUUUAUUUUAUUUUUUUUUUUGCAUGAUUUGGCUUGAAUCAGUUGCAUGAAAAUGGACCACUAAAACCUUUUGGUUACAUUUGAAAGGAAUUUGACUCGUGCUGCUUCCUUUGUGUGUCAGCAGUUUAUAAAAUAACUUGAAGACUACAGAUAAAAUAUCUCAAAGAGC